UAUUUUAUUUUAUUUUAUUUUACACUCACACAUUCAGCGACUUCGAAUUCGAGAUCCAAGGCGGGGGCAAUGAGCUCCAUUCAACCGCGUCGCCGGCGCUACCUGCGCUCCAAUGGUUCGUUGGCAAUUGCAAACUUGUUGGCAAGCGAACAAAACACAACAUGUUGGGGGAAUUUAGUGGAGAAGGAGGGGGUGAGGUGGCAAAGUUUUAAAACAACAAGGAGAGAACAUACGCUGCAAGUUGUUGAGAGCUGUACAUGUCUUUUUUGUCGCUGUUUGUCGAUGUUGCCGAAACAUUCAACAUUCAAAGCAGAUAUUUUCCCGAAGGAAACAGCUUAUGUGUGUCGACCGAGGUCCACACUUUCGUAGAUAUUAAGGUUUUGUGAUUUCAAAAAGGGGUCCGGUUUCAAUAUCCAGUGCUAGAAUUUGAAAGUGUCGAAUGUCCUUAGACUAAAGUCCAUUGGAGUCUAUAAACAAAAAUCUUUUAACCGAAGAUAAGCUUCGAGACUCACCAAGAAUUAGAAUCUACAGUAAAGUCGAUGAGGCGUGCAAUCGGAUCACAAUGCGCUGAGAAUACCCUUAAGUUGCUAAGGGUUAAAAUGUUAACUUUAUGCAACUUGUUGCAUUUAGAGCUGGCGCUGCCAUGUUACCAAGCGUAGCGUAGCAACGCGUGCAAAGGAUGUGUGGUAAACAAAUAUUUUUCAAGCCACAACAAAUCGGUAUGGGCUUCGGAGUGAAUGGUUGAUCAAAUUGAGCAGUAGAAAACUUGUGAUUUUUAACGCAAAUAAAGACCGAAAUAUAUAAAUCUGAUAUAAAGAAAGUAUAAUGUCUUUCAAGGAUGUGCGCGACCUCGCUGAGCACCUUAAGCUACUUGGCUAUCCGCAUGUGUUCCCGCUGCAGGCACUCGCCAACAAUUUCGGUAGCCUCGCCUCGUUUCACGUUGUCGCCGAGGUGCUGCAAUGGCUCGCGAGUUUGCUUGAGCCCGGCGCUGUUCUAGCUGGCAGUGUGGAGAACGAAAACGACCGUGUGCUGCUCAUACGCUCCGCCACCGAGUUUUUCGUAACCAAAUCAGCCAUCAAACUGAAUCCGCGCAAAUUGUAUGCCUCAUCCGCGGUCACUGCAGCAGAGCUGCAGAAGAUCACGCGCAUGCUGAUAGCGCCACGACAGUCGGCUGAGGACAAAGAUGAGGAGGAGAACUAUCGUAGUCUCAAUCAGGUCGAUAUCGGCGAUAAAAUGGAUGAUCUGCGACGCGCACGCGAACUUUCUGCGGAUUUAACACAACGCGGUGGUGCGCUCCACGAGCUGCUCGCCAAAGAAAUGCUGCAUAGAGAAGCACGCUUGGCGCAGGCCAAUCGUCCGAUGGAAUUGUCCUCAGCUGAGCGCUCGCUAAAGAACGCUAUUGCAGCGGCACAGUUGAAAUUGCAGUCCAGUCGCGCACAGUUGGAGAAUGCGCGUGUCGAAAUGAAUGCGCUCUCUUCGAAACUGCAACGCAAGCGCGCCGAGCUGGAGCGCACCAAGCAACGCUUAGAAGCUCUGCAGAAAAUACGUCCCGCACACAUGCAGGAGUUCGAAGAAUGUGAGAAGGAGUUGCAGGCAUUGUUCCAAAAGUAUUUUCUGCGUCUGCAUGUGCGCGAUGCCUUGCGUGCUCAAUAUGAGGCGCGUACCAAACGCAGUACCCCUGUCGCCUCGCCGCUACUGCAAAAGCCGCAAGAAUCAUCAAUGCCCUUUAUACCAGAGGGCCUAAUAGAAGACGAUGACGAUAAUAAUGGGGAGGAAGAGCUUGACGGUAGCGGCGUUUUGAGACGCGGUAAUUUCAGUCUUGAUGCUGAGAUUCCAGACAUCCGAGAUGAGGAUAUGAUGCUGCGCAAUAGAAAGUCUUACAACGAGUUUAUGGAUGAGACCACACGUCGCAUGAGUAAGCGUCCAGGGACAGCGACUUCAAGAAAUGGACGUCCGAUAACUGGACGUGCACGGCGUCCAACAGGCGUCACACAAGGGGAUCGUGCAAUAGCUGAUGAUGACGGCGUAGCUGACGUCGGUGCAAUUGGUAACAUGCUGAGCAAUCGUGCUACAUUAGGUGGUGAAGACGACGAGGAUGAGAGCUCAUUUGGAAGUUCCGACAGUGAGCUGGGUAUGGGUGGUCUGCUCAACAUGAGUCGUGGGCCGCCACCAAGCGGUCUUUUGGGCAACUUGAACUCCGAGUUGGGUGGCUUUGUCGACGAUGAUUUUGAUCUCAACUCGAUGGACGAUAUAAGCAUCUCCAAGAUCACCGGAGAGUUGCCCAUGCGUCCCAAGACGGCAAGCAAACCGGAACACCACAGCGAUGAAGACUUCUAGAAUCUACGCUAUGGAAACAACUUUUUACGGAUCAAAGUCCGUAGACACGACAACCGACUUCUUGCUGUUUUUCUAAUACGUAUACAUGCAUACAUUUAUUUUUAUAUCAAUAUAUGAAACCUACAGUUAUUGUACAACAUACGAAAUGUGCG